UAAAAGAAAUACCUAUUCCACUGUCUUCUCUUUUUGGACUCUUGACAAAAUUUACACACACACACACUCUCAGUCGACGAAGAAGCUGUUUCAAUGGCGACUGAAGUUGGUAAACCUCCCUCGCUCCCUUCAUACCCACAGAUGAUUUUUGAAGCCAUGAGUGCAUUGCAGCAAAAAGAUGGUGCGAACAAGACAGCAAUUUCCAAAUACAUAGAAUCAAGAUAUGGAGACUUGCCAGCUGGACAUUCGAACUUGCUUUCAGCCCAUUUAACCAGAAUGAAAGAUACUGGUGAACUUGUUUUCUUCAAGAACAAUUACCUGAUUCCUGAUCCCACUGCCCGUCCGAGGCGGGGCCGUGGCCGGCCCCCAAAGCCUAAGGAUCCUCUGGCUCCAGGGGCAGUGGUGCCUUCUGAGCCAAAGUCUCGUGGCCGCCCAAAAAAGGACCCCAAUGCAGAACCUGCUCCUAAGAAGCCGAAGCCGGUUGCCCCUUCCGCUCAGCCUGCUGUGUCGAAAACUGGGAGGCCUAGAGGUAGGCCUAGGAAGGUGCAGCCUCAGUCUGCAGGUGGUGGUGCGGAGGAGAGCUGAAAUUUGGUUUAUCUGAUGAGAUGCUGAUGAUAUUAUUAACAUUAUUAUUAUUAUUUGGAGUUGAGUUGAGACUUGAGAGCGGCCUUCUUUUGGUUCCGAGGGAGGUUGGCUUUCAAGUUUCUGUAAUUGGUGGUGACUUUUGUCGUCGUCUUUGUAGUUUAAUUCUUAGAAUCUUAGAUGCAUGUAAAUUGGGAAGUAGUACCUGGUAUUGCUACUGGGAUCAAUUCACCUAACCAUUAGGAAUCAUCCAUUUGCCAUUUGGUACUCGUAUCGUAUGCCGCCUAUCUUAUCUAAGGAAUUGGCUUGCA